AUGUCUACUCCGCUCAAUCGCAAUCUGUUGCGGGAUUACCGUCGAACUCCGGCUAGUGUGCCCUCGGCUAAACCUUCCUAUCCCUACAAUACCCAGACCUGCUCUCACAAUCAUGGAAUGACGUUACAAUGGUGGGAUACCAUCAGUGGCUUAAGUGGCAUUCCUCUACCCACUACCAUCAGUGACUUAAGUGGCAUUCCUCUACCCACUACCAUCAGUGGCUUAAGUGGCAUUACUCUGCCCACUAACAUCAGUGGCUUAAGUGGCAUUACUCUGCCCACUACCAUCAGUGGCUUAAGUGGCAUUACUCUGCCCACUAACAUCAGUGGCUUAAGUGGCAUUACUCUGCCCACUAACAUCAGUGGCUUAAGUGGCAUUACUCUGCCCACUACCAUCAGUGGCUUAAGUGGCAUUCCUCUGCCCACUAACAUCAGUGGCUUAAGUGGCAUUCCUCUGCCCACUAUCAUCAGUGGCAUUCAUACACCCAUUAGCAUCAGUGCCUCCAGUCACAUUCCUCCACCCACUGUCCUCGGUGAUAUUCCUCCCACCACUACCUUCCAUGCAGGGAAGGGGAAAGCAGUGUUGUCAGCACCGUCAGCAGUGCCAGGGGUGGUGGAAGCCGUGUUUUCAGCGACAUUAGAGCCUAGCAGUUCCGUCAUCUUCCUUACUGACGGCACCACCGUCGCCUCCACUCUCUACACAAUUACUGAUCGUCUACAUGUCCCAGGAGGCGUUGGAGUUUUUGAGGUAGCAGUUAAUACCUCGAACUUCAACCAGACUGAGAGUCAUCUCUCUAGGAUCAUACCCGAUGUUAAAAAGCUGCGGCAGCUGUCGUCCCACACGACAGUUUCUGUGAUAAGUGACGACCUGGCCUUCCUCUCUGCCUUCUUCAAGUGGUCCCUCAAGAGUCGCCUCCUGGUGUGGUCAACGAGGCUCUUGGUCGUCACCCGCCUGACCCUCCACCACCUACAGUCCCACUACGCUGCGCUCUCCAAGAUGAAUGCCAUGUUGCUCGUUAUCAGCGACGACAUCGCCACCAUCAGGUGCAAAGUGUAUGUACACUUACCGUUCAGACAUGAGGGAACGGAACCGUUGUUGGUAGCCUCGUGGAGGCCGCGACGGGGCAUCCUCCUCACCUCCCGCCUCCCACUCUUCCCUCACAAGUUCUCCAGACAGGAGGUGGCUAUAGCUUCCGGCCCCUUCAUCCUGAGCGAGGACCGAGCUGAGGUGGUGGACUUUACUGUAGCAAUAAUGUUGGACUACUGGAGGAUCCUGGCAGCUCGAGGCCGGCCGGAGGUGGACCCGUGGAGCUUCCUGCUUCCCCUGACCCCUCAGGUGUGGGCGGCCAUCCUGGGGGCGCUGCUGGUGCUUCCAUUGGCGGUGCUGCUCCUGUCAUCAUGCCUCUCUCUCAGCACCCACGGUCACGAGGACUGGCUCCUGGUGCCCUUCGACUAUGUUCGGAUGUUGGUACAGCAGGACAUCAUGGGCGGAGGAGACUGGUGGUGGGAGCGGGUGGUGUUGACAGUGUGGGGCCUGGUGACGGUGGUGCUGACGCAGAGCUACGCCGGCAACCUCAUGGCUCUCCUGGCUGUCAGACACAUAUCCGAACCCUACCAGUCCCGACGACAGGUGCUGGACGACCCGUCUGCUACCAUAAUAUGGCUAAAAGGAUCUGCUACUGGUACCUACUUGGAGGAAGCAGAGUCUGGAAUUUACCGAGAGAUGGCGGAGGCUGCGAGGGUGGGGCGCCUCAUCUACAAGACCCACGCACAAGUGCCGGCCAGCAUCAACACCCUGGUCAGGCACCACCGCCACGUCCUCAUCGACGCAGCUAAUGCCUUGAGAUCACACAUUUCUGAUGAAUUCACAAAAAAAGGAGAAUGUUCAUUUUACUCAUCGAACGAAGAGUUUCUGCCCUUAAUAUUUGGCAUGAUCGGACCGAAGGACAGUCCACUCAUUCCAGCCUUAAAUAAGAGAAUAAUAGGGAUGACGGAAGCUGGGCUCUUCUUCCAGUGGAUGAAAUCCUCAGAGAAGAACUCCACAGCUUGUUCUCACGCCCCGACCAAGAUCACAGUCAAGACGCCGCUCUCCUUGACCAAUAUCUGGGGUGUGUUCGUGAUCCUUGGUGCUGGUCACGGUGUUGGUCUCCAGGUACUGUGUAUUGAGCUGCUCAGUGCUGCCGUCCACCGCAGCUGCUGGUCUCCAGGUACUGUGUAUUGAGCUGCUCAGUGCUGCAGUCCACCACACCUGCUCAGUGCUGCAGUCCACCACAGCUGCUCAGGGCUGCAGUCCACCACACCUGCUCAGUGCUGCAGUCCACCACAGCUGCUCAGUGCUGCCGUCCACCACAGCUGCUCAGGGCUGCAGUCCACCACAGCUGCUUAUUGCUGUCGUCCACCACCGCUGCUCAGUGUUGCCGUUCACCGCAGCUGCUCAGUGCUGCCGUCCACCGCAGCUGCUCAGUACUUUCAGAUUUCUCAACUGCUCCUUACCAUCAUAUGUAAUUUUCCAAAAAGGGAGAUUAAAAGACUCCCUCCUAGGCCCUGAAAGUUUGGUUCAAGGGGAUUAAAGGGCCGCCUUUAGUCACCGCAAAAUUUCGUUACCUCGCUGACCCUGCACAGACAUCGCUAAUGGUCAAUGACAUCAUCCAGUCGUCAUCUUCCCCGUAUAAGACCGUUUUCUGAUAUGGUAUAUUUAUUCCCAUUUUCAAUAGUUAUGUCAAGGGAAUUAAAAAAUCGCCUUCCGUCUGGGUCCGUUUUCGUUACCCCAACGAGUGAUUGUUGGCCUUCUAGUCUCUUAAAUUUCGUUCAAGUGGGAUUAAAAUGCCUGUCCCGUUCUGGGCUGUUUUGUGUUACCCCAGUGAGUGAUUGUUCGUCAUCUAUUUCCCUUUAAAUUUCGCUCAAGGGGAUUAAAAGUUAGCCUUCCGUCUAGGUUGUUUUGCGUUACCUCGGCGACCUCCACAAGUGCAUUCAUCUGCUCAUAUUAAACCCGUUUUCCUUUAAUGAUAUAUUGUCCAUACUGUUUCCCAUUUUCUAAGAUCAUUUUCUCGCUACAACUGCAUAUCGAAAAAAAAAAUUCCUGAAGGCCUUUUACAGGAGCUCCUAUUUACUUCCAAUCUAUGUUAACAAAAACAUCAACUGCUGCUAUUAGAUGAACUGCAGUAGCUCUAUUCCCUAUUAAUAUCCCCUUUCAUCUCUAUUUAUACAUAUCAAUAAUGUCGCUCUAUUAACAUUCAGAAGACCCUAUUUAUCCCCCUUUACUUAUCUGGAAGCUUUUAUAUAUAUAGUGUCCAGCCAAGGAUCGUUUAUUGAGCAUUGAAAUGGAUGAAAUUUUCUAGCUACUAUUCGUAUGAUACAGACAAGGGAAUACUACUAAACCCCCAGUUGAAGUCUUCAUACAACAUGCGAAUAUUUUUUAUUAUAUAAUUUUGAAAAUAAAACUAUGUCAUCACUCAGACAUUACCUUUUAU